UCUAAGGCCAAAGAAGCAGCAUCUAAAGGUAAAGAGACAGCUGCAACAUCCGGUGAUACCUCUGCCAUUCCACCUCCGCCUAUCGAUGCAAGCUUGUUGGAGCAAGUAUUAGGACUACUAGGUGGUAGGGAGAAAACUAGUUUCGGUGUUGAUCAAAAGACUACAACCACUGGCUUCGUCGACACGCUGAUGUCGUUUUGGAA